CUGGUCCAAUCAGUCUCAGUGCCUACCUUCACACAUAAGCGGCAGGGCACUCAGGUCCAUCGGCACGCAUAGACCAGCACACACACACACAUACACACACACAUACACCUAGACACUUGUCACAUCUGCACGCAUCAUCUCUCCCCCACCCCACCCCACCCCACCCACCCUCCGUUUUCAAGGCACCCUGUGCGACCUCUCACCAUUGGACAGGUCUCGGAGCCCUCAGCAUCUCCAUCACGGCGGAAGGGACCACUCGGGAAAGCAGGAGAUAAAGGUGGACGAUGAGGACGUUUUUGCAGCUCGUGUUCGGACUUCUCGUCCUCAAAGCGGUGUCGGCAAGUCCUAGAUUUUCCCGACAAGUGGACUACGACUCGUACGACGCUGUUGACUAUAACGAGGGAGAAGACAAUUUCGAUUUAAAUAACUAUGACUAUGAGGAGGAACUGAGAGUCGAAGAGGCCGAGACAGACGCCGAGAAACCUGAAUAUAACUAUCCUGAACCAGGAGAAGUGGAGAAGAAAGAGGAAGAAGAGGAGGAAGAAGAGUUGCCGCUAAAACCCCAACUUGUCCCUCAGGGUUCUGGCGGAUCUGGUGUCCUCAUGGGUCCAGACACAGAGAAAGAGGUGGAGCUGCGUCAGACGGCCAUCGAUACUCUUCAUGUUUCCGGGGAUUUCGGAGGCUCUGUAGGGUCCGGAGAAACCUCAGCAGCUUCCGGGGCCUCUGGGUCUGGCCUCUCGGGAGACACACUGGUCUCCAGCGCCUCCGGGGAUCUGUUAGAUGACAUUGUUCUGAUCUCUGGAGAUCCAGAAGAGUUACCUUUAUCCAGUGGGUCUGGGGAGUUCUUGACAGGUGGGGUUCUCUUAAUAUCAGGGGACGUCUCAGGAUCUGGAGACAUUACCGGGUCUGCUACUUCUGGAGCCUCGGGGGACAUUAGCGUUAGAGAAUAUGAAAUUGUCACUGAGCUCCCAAUUGGCUCUGGAGGAUCUGGGGACCAGUCUGGCUCUGGGCUCUCUGGAGAUCCUUUGGGCUCCGGGGCCUCCGGAAUCUCUGGGGUUUCCGGGGACUCUUCGGAGUCCGGAUACUCAGGGAUAACCUUGAUAUCUGGAGAGGAGGAGCUUCCCCCUCUUUUGGAUAAAGAGCCCUCGGAGGUACUGAGUGCUUCAGGGGAGAUCUCGGGGGAAAUUGAAGCUUCUGUAGAUUCAGAGCUCUCUGGGACCUCUGGGCUUCCUAGUGUCUCUGGCUCAGGAGACGUUACUGUGAUAUUGCAGCCCCAUCAACCAGAUAAAGAGGAGGAGCUGCUUCCAGCCACACCUGAUACCCCUCAGGAGGGGAAAACCAGUGUAGAUGAAGAGACAGUGAGCUCUGGCAUUCCAGAGCCUGAUGAGCCAGAGGAGCCCGAUGAGGUUAUCAAGAAAGGAUUGCCUGUGUGCUUGCUGUGCACCUGCCUCGGCGGCUCCGUCUACUGCGACGACUUGAAGCUGGACAGCGUUCCGCCUCUGCCCAAAGACACCACUCACUUCUACGCCCGCUACAACCGAAUCACAAAGAUCAGCAAGUCUGACUUCGCCAACAUGAAUAAGCUGAAGAAGAUCGACCUGACGGCCAACGAGAUAACUUCCAUCGAGGACAGAACGUUUAUGGGCCUGCCUGAGCUGGAGGAGCUGAUAAUCAGGGAAAACCACAUCUCGCAGCUACCGACCCUUCCUGAGACCAUGACCCUGAUCGAUGCCAGCCAUAACGACAUCGGCUCAAAGGGGAUUCAUAAAGAGGCCUUUAAAGACAUGACUGGCUUGCAGUUCCUUUACCUGACCGACAACAACAUCGAUUACGUUCCAGUGCCUCUACCAGACAGCCUACGCUCUCUACACUUACAGGGCAACAACAUUCAGAUGAUGCACGAGGACACGUUCUGCAACCUGAACGACUUCAACUACAUCCGAAACGCGUUGGAGGACAUCCGUCUGGACGGCAACCCCAUCAACCUCAGCAAGACCCCGCAGGCUUACGUCUGCCUGCCCCGUAUACCCAUCGGGAAUCUCAUUUAACCCCCGGCCUCCCGCAGACACCUUUGUACAUACUGAGACGCAGAGUUAGACCAUAAUUCGCUGUUCAAAACUACGAGUCAUUCCCCAAAGGUGUGUGUUCCCCACACGCUGCUGACAGAUGGCGCCAAUCUGGAAGACUGUGUGCAAACUGUGUGAAAAAGGUUUAGCAUCGCCCAAAGAGCAAACACGGCUGAAAUUCCUACAGUCGAGCACAAAAGCACGACUCUACCUUCUUCCUGUUGCUCAGAUUUCAACACCAACACCUUAACUCUCAUAGAAAUUGUAUAAAGCGUUCCUCAAACACACAGGCACAGGCAAACUCUUUGUUUUGCCAUUAAGUCAGACCUAAAAAUGUGUUUAUUAAAUCAGCCUCACACGGGUGUUUAUUUUUCUGCUCGGUGUCUUUUCAUAACUGGCAACCCAAAAAAAAAAAAA